GGGGCAUCGCAAUCCAAAACCCAACUCAAAUGAUGGAAGCAUUACAAUCUCAAUGAGCACCCAAAAAAUUAAAUAAAAUAAAAGAAAGUAAUAGAAAAAGAGAAAGACAAGCCCGCCUUCAUCCCCACCACCACCAAAGUCCACCACCACCAAAGUCCACCACCACAGCCCACCGUGUUUUCGGAAGAUUGAUUUGAUUGAAUCAGGGCCGUUGACUAGCUUUAUCUCUUGAUCGGAUUGGGUCCUCUCUUGAUCGUCGUGAGCAAAUGGAGGUCCGACCCAAUACGACGUCCGACAACUCGUCGAUCACGCAGGACCACCAUCAGCGUUUUACUCCUGCCGCUCUGGCCAAGCAGCCGGCGGCUUCUCUCAACACCGUCGAUACUACCUCUGUCUCUCAGAGGCUUCAGAAAGAAUUGAUGUCCCUCAUGAUGAGUGCAGGAGAUCUUGGAGUAUCAGCCUUUCCUGAAGGCCAAAGCAUUUUUACAUGGAUUGGCACAAUUGAGGGUGGAAAAGGAACUAUGUAUGAAGGUUUAUCUUAUAAACUUUCUUUACGUUUCCCCCUGGACUAUCCUUUCAAGCCACCACAAGUCAAGUUCGAGACCAUGUGCUUCCAUCCUAAUGUUGAUCAGUUUGGCAACAUAUGUCUGGACAUACUGCAGGACAAGUGGUCUUCGGCUUAUGAUUGCAGGACCAUUCUUCUGUCCAUUCAAAGUCUUUUAGGAGAGCCCAACCCAGAGAGUCCUCUCAACAGCUAUGCUGCAACAUUGUGGAAUAACAGGGAAGAUUAUAAGAAAAUGGUACACAGACAGUACUUCGCUGGAGAAGCAUCUGAGAGCUGAUGCGUAAAAAUCUCUGUGCAUAUGAAAAAAGUGGUCUUAUACAACUUCUGUAUAGUUCUGGGGGAAGAGUUCGCAAUUUCCAGAUACAGUUUCUCUCUUAACACUACCGUUCAUCGACAUACUGUAGAAUUUUGUCAGUUUGAGCACCUUCGAAAAAGUCCAAGGAGACUGACUGGAUCCUCCUAUCUGGACAAAUGCAUUGAUGUUGUUCUCAUGUAACUGAGAAAUAAAAGUCUUGUCAAGUUGUAAAUUUGAUCUCCUUCCGACUGUAGAAGUCAUUGCCAAACUUAAUUUCUACUUCUACAUGGUUGAUUUUGCA